UCACCUACUAGAACCUUCUCUUUCUUCGAAAAAAAAACCCUUAUAUCUCCCCCUUUUGGCUUAAUUCAGUACUCAUUUCAUUUCAGUGCUUGUGCUCUGCUCGUGCCAUUCGUUUAACCUUAUCGCAUUUCCAUUUCUGCUUCUUCAGAACAAUUACUAUGGGUAAGUGCUAUCCCACUGUGAGCGAGGAGUACCUCAAGGCUGUUGACAAAUGUAAAAGGAAACUCAGAGGACUCAUUGCUGAGAAGAAUUGUGCUCCUAUUAUGCUCCGUCUUGCAUGGCACUCUGCUGGUACCUAUGAUGUGUGUUCCAAAACUGGUGGUCCUUUUGGUACCAUGAGGUUCAAAGCGGAGCUAGCACAUGGUGCAAACAAUGGUCUUGAUAUUGCUCUCAGACUCUUGGAGCCCAUUAGGGAGCAGUUUCCCACCCUCUCCCAUGCUGAUUUCCAUCAGUUGGCUGGUGUUGUUGCUGUUGAAGUUACUGGAGGACCUGAUGUUCCCUUUCACCCUGGCAGAGAGGACAAGCCAGAGCCACCAGUGGAAGGUCGCUUGCCGGAUGCCACCAAGGGCUGUGACCACUUGAGAGACGUGUUCAAGAAACAAAUGGGUCUUUCUGACCAGGAUAUUGUUGCACUCUCUGGUGCCCAUACCUUGGGAAGAUGCCACAAGGAGCGUUCUGGUUUUGAGGGACCUUGGACUGCCAAUCCCCUUAUCUUUGACAAUUCAUACUUCACGGAGCUCUUGAGUGGGGAAAAAGAAGGGCUCUUACAGUUGCCGUCAGACAAGGCUCUCCUUUGUGAUCCUGCUUUCCGUCCCCUUGUUGAGAAAUAUGCUGCGGAUGAAGAUGCCUUCUUUGCUGACUAUGCUGAGGCACACUUGAAGCUUUCUGAAUUGGGAUUUGCUGAAGCUUAAGAUGCUGAUUGGAAGAGCUGGGAGUGGUGGCAUAUUUUUGUUAAUGGUUUAUUUCUGAAAAGCUUGCUGGAGCUGUUGUUUUUGCUGCUCUUUAUAUAUCAUGAUUUAAAUUUGGCAGCUACACUAGACGAUGAUAUUGUGACACUCUUCCAGCUUAUUAAUAAAUUUCUAGUAUUUUGUUUUUGUGGUUUCA